ACGGAAGUCGCGCUUAUUCAACGAGCAGCUUUUGCUCGCUGUAGCUUAGUCAAGUGAUCUUAUAAAAUUCGUUUUAAUACAGUAAUAGUCUAUCUGUUAAUUGUUUGAAUGCGUUUGCCGGUGUGUUGAAGAUGAAUUUUCGCGUGGCCGCGCUCAUCACUGCGGUCCUGUGCGCGCUUUCCUCCGGUGCCGCGCAACACCUGGACACAGAGUGGCUGUCAGAUGGUCCACACGUGCCGGUGCGGCUUCUGCAAGAAUCCAACAGCACGACCAACUCGUCUGAACUGACUUAUGGGUUCAUAUCAUGCGCUGUGUCCGUCCUCUUCUACGGGAGCAACUUCGUGCCAGUGAAAAAGAUAGACACUGGUGAUGGUAUGUUUUUCCAGUGGAUUCUCUGUGCUGCUAUAUGGACAGUCUCCCUUGUGGUAAACAUAAUUCUGAACAGUCCAAAAUUCUGGCCUCUUGCUAUGCUGGGUGGAGCCAUCUGGGCUACUGGUAAUGUAACUGUAGUUCCUAUCUUAAAGACCAUCGGGCUUGGCCUUGGUCUUCUUAUAUGGGCAUCGUUUAAUCUGCUCAUGGGCUGGGCAAGCUCACGGUUUGGCUGGUUUGGUAUUGAAGCUGAGACUGUUUCCAAACCAAUACUGAACUCCUGUGGAGCAGGGCUAUGUUUACUUAGUGCCUUUGUUUUUUUCUUUGUGAAGAGUGAUGUUCAAAGAUCAUCAACAUCUGAAGAAACACCAUUACUAAUAGACCAUACUGUGAACUCAGACACUGUGGGCACAACAGAUGAUUCCUGGGUAGAUGCAUUAAGACCACGCACCAAACGCAUUGUUGGAUCACUGCUUGCUGUUGUUGCUGGACUGCUGUACGGGUCAUCAUUUGUCCCAGUUCUGUACAUUAAAAAUCAUGCAGCCAAUCCAGACAGCCAAUAUAGAGGGGCUAGCGAGUUUGAUCUGGAUUAUGUCUUUGCACAGUAUAGUGGCAUCUUUCUCACUAGUACUGUGUAUUUCCUCCUGUACUGUGCUGUCAAAAAGAACAAACCACAAGUUUUCUCUAAAGCGGUAUUGCCAGGGUUCCUGUCUGGCAUCAUGUGGGGUGUGGCCACAUGCUGCUGGUUCCUGGCCAACCACUAUCUCAGUGCUGUAGUGAGCUUCCCUAUUAUCACUACAGGUCCUGGACUGAUUGCAACUCUCUGGGGCAUUUUGGUUUUCAAGGAAGUGAAGGGUUUGCAAAAUUACAUUGUCCUCAUCUUCGCUUUCUGUCUUGUUCUAUGUGGGGCAUUAUUGACUGCAUUUUCGAAGGUUUAAUUGAUUUGUAAACAAGAGCAAGAAAUGCUCGAAACAAGAAUCAUUACAAUCAUG